UCAUAUUUCUUGAUUCACGUGGAUAAACAGACAGCAGAGGAGCAUGUGUUGUUUUUUGGAAGUGACAAAAUGUCUGUUUUAUUAACUAUGAAUUGAUAAGCUUAAACGUAAGAAAUUAGUUAUGCCUUUGAAUCAAGAGCGAAGAAAAAGAGGAAGGAAGAAAGCCAAAAUAGAGGAGGAGGCAAUGGCUGUUGAUGAAUCCACUACUACUGAAUUGAAAAGGGAUGACAAGAAAGAAGAUGGGACGUACACUGUACAUAGAGUAAAGUUCUUCAACUACCAGCCAAAUGCAAUUCAUUGCCUUGCUUACGAUGAAAACCGUGAACGUUUGGCUGUUGUCAGGUCGGAUGGCUCAAUUGAAAUCUGGAAUUUGAAACACAAUUUCAAUCAGGAACGAAUAAUAACUGGAUCACAGACAAGUAAAUUAGACUCAGUAGCGUGGGUCAAUGGUCGUUUGUUUACCACUGGUUUCCAAGGUGAUAUUACCGAGUAUGACUUAGUGAAGAACACUGCUAAGUACUCUGUACUAUAUGGUAAUGCCUCUUGGUGUCUGGCGCCAAAUCAUUCUGGAACAUUACUUGCUACUGGUAGUGAUGAUGGAUGUGUAAGACUUUUUGACCUGACAACUGAGAAAGUUUCCUAUGACAGAACAAUGAACCCCCAGGCCCAACGGAUUGUGUCACUCGCAUGGCAUAAAUCAGAUGAAACCAUUGUUACAGGCUCAAUAGAUAACAUUAAAGUGUGGAAUGUUGCAACAGGGGCUGCUGUUCAACGGAUAACACUUCAGCGGGCUUUCAAGAAGCGGGAGAACAUUGUGUGGUGUGUGGCAAUCCUCACGGACUAUACCAUUGUGAGUGGGGAUUCAACUGGCCGUACAAUUUUCUGGGAUGGCCGUGUUGGAACAAUGUUGAAGGGUUACACAAGUCAUCGGAUGGAUAUUUUGUCCUUGUGUGUGACCAAAGAUGAGAAAUCUGUGUUUACAACCGGUGUCGAUCCAACUAUAGUACAAUUCAGCCUGUCGGUGACUGACGGGCUGGACGGUGCCAGAUCCUGGGUCAGAAGCAGGCACAUCACUCAUGGCCACACCCAUGAUGUCAGGGCUAUGGUGAUUGCUGGGAAUUUUUUGGUGUCUGGAGGUCUUGAUACCAACUUGGUAACCAAUCCAGUAGAUGUGUCACCUGGGCAACCACAGAUGAGAACUCAGAUGGAGCAAUACAAAAGAGUUUACCCUCCCUUCCCACAGAAAUCAUUAAUAGAUUGUGCUGGAAGAGCUAAGCUGUUAUUAUUUCAGUAUCCUUAUCACCUUGAGGUCUGGAAGCUGGGAUCAACAUCCAUCACCUCAAAUAAAGAUGGAGAAUCAUUGCCAGUUUCAGAACGGCCAAUCAAAAUACUUGAUAUACAAACCAAGGGAGUUGAACAGAUAGUUUGUUCAUCAAUAAGUAAAGAUGGCUCAUGGAUUGCAUAUUCUGAUGUAGAUAAAGUUAAAUUGUUUCACCUCAGUCUGGACCCUCCUGUGCUCCAAAAGGUUGCAUGCCUCCCAACGCAACUGUGUCCGGCACAUAACCUACUCUUUUCACCCGACUCGUCCAAGUUGUUUUCUGCAACCAGUUCCUGUUCUGUACAGAUCCUUCUGUUGGAUGCCAUACAACCAAGUCUACAACACACUUUCCAUGCAAUGGACAAUUCCAUUGUCCUGCUGGGGGUGGAUAGUGCAGGCAAAUUUGUUGCUGCAGCAGAUGUUGAAGGAACCAUUAUUGUUUACAAUGUUAGCAAAUUCAAGGUUCACUGUCGGCUGCCCAGAUAUGACAGCCAGCCAACAGCGUUAGCCUUUAGUUCUCAUGCACCUGAGCUUUUCAUAGCGUACGCGGAUCAAAUGCUAUAUGAAUACAACAUAGAACAGAAAUCAUAUUCUCAUUGGAGCCGAAGUCUACAUAAAUGCAAACUUCAUCAUGCUUGGUUGAGACGACGAAGUAAGGUGACUCGUGUAGUAUAUAGCGCCACCAAUCCAGAUAUAGUCUUUUUGCAUGAUGUUAAUAUGUUGUGUACUAUUGACAAAUCAAAGCCCCUGCCAAAAGCCCAUCAUCAAUUAUUCAAGAAAAACCUACAAGAUUUCAAAGGACAAGAUAUGGGUGUUCAAGGUCAUAGCUUCUUCACAAACCAACAAUUUAAGCCGCUGCUGUUUUUGGACUACCUGGACGAUGACAAUAGCCUUGUAAUGGUUGAAUACCCAUUACAGCGAUUCAUCGAAAACCUUCCGCCAACAUUGAAACAGAAAAAGUUUGGUACCUGAAAAUUUAUACAGCGUACGGAGAGACGUUAGACUCAACGCAGAUUGUUUAUCAUCUUGUACCAAUCUUCAUCAAAAGCCUUCCACAAACAUUGAAAGAGAACAAAAAAAUUUGUACCUGAGAGAUCUGUAAAGCAUACGAAGAUCGGACUUGCAUUUAUGUGUGUCACCAUGGAUCAGUGUGCACAGUUAUUAUUGUUCACUCGAACAAUGCCGUCGGUGGCAUAAAACAUGGAAUAAAAUUUCAUGAUUAUGUAAAGACAUUUGUGUAUUGUAGAAAGAGUUGAAUUGAUUGUUGAUUGAUGAAUUGGGUCAGUUAUGCUCGAAUAACAUUCUAUCAAGCAGAUAACAUUUGUAACAUUUUCAGGUUCAAUUUUUCCAUAAACCUUGACCGGGUUUCUUUUUUUAUUUUUUGCUUUUUUUGUAAAGUAAAGCGGUAGUUGAACUUAAUAACCGCGUUUUUUAAUGUGUUUUAUAUGUUGUGUUAAAUUGUAACUGAGAGAUGCUUUGUUGGGGGAAAAAAAGCCUGUCGACCAAGUCUGUUUACGAAGGACUAGGCUGACUAGGCUGAUAAGCUAAAACUUAAUUCGAUGGGACCUUAUCAUACCAAACAGUAACUCUUUAGAUAAAAAGGUGAAUUAAGGUCUGCCCUCGGUUAAUUUCAAAGGUGUAAUUUUUGACAUGAUUAGUAAAAAUACAAUCAAAAUCAAAAUACAACACCGAUUUCUUUAGUAAUCAAUUAGAACCAGGCAGUCAUAGUAGAGCAACGCUCAUUUAAUCUGAUAGGGUGAAACAUCUCAAAAAACGACUGUUCACCUUAGGAGAUGACUCGAGAUGACCUCGUGUAACCUUUCCACUGGUGUAUUUUUAAGAUAUACUAAUAUAAUAUGUUGAACUAAUAAACUAGAAAUAUAACAUAUACAUUUUGCUUUCAAUAUAAAAUUUGAAUGCGAGAGUAUUUUCAUGCAUUUUUUUAUUUCAGUAAUUAUCAUUCAUUCAUAUCCUGCCUUCCGGACCCCAAUGUGUAAAAUUCUGGCGUUUCAUAAUGCUAGUCUUAAGGCUCAAUAAAAAAAUUAUUAGUUUAUCACCCUCGCGCGCAUGUCUUUUAUGGUACUGGAAAAAAAGAAAAUUUGUUAAAAAAAAAAAAUGUUUUUGACAUUUUUUACAUUUUUUUUUUUCAUUUAU